AUGGGAGCUAAUAGUUGUAAGUGUUUACAAAACAAUUCUAAUGACACAGUAAACUUUUCAAAGCGUACAAAUUCCAAGGUUAAAAAGGAAAAAGGUAUCUCUUUUAUUAUAUUAUAACUGAUAUCCGUAGAUAUUCUUUCGCAAACAUCAGAUUAUCAAAACAGUCCAAAUGAAAACAGCACUAAAGGCUAAUUACAAAAAGCAGACACCUAAAAUGGCAGUAAAAACAUGAAAAAUGGGAAGUUUAAUACCACUGAUGAUAAGAGCACGCAUUUGAGUAAUUAGUAAGAUGCCAGUAUUGUUCCUUAGCUCGAUACUCAGCAGAAAGAUAUUGAGGAAGAAGACGAAGAAUAAGAGGACGAUUCAGUUGAAAUAGAAAGAAUCGAGAAAGAAUCUCGAAUGGAUAGUUAAUCAAUGAUGUCAGAUACUGAAUUCAGAAGAAUGGACAAUGAUGGUGGCUCAUCAUUUGCCUCUCAAAUUCUGAGAGUAGAAAGUGAUGUUUCCGGGAUCAAUAGAGAAAUUAAUCACUAAACUCAAAUGAGAAGAGCCACUCAUCAAUCUCAGAUGACUGAUACUAGUUUCGUUAGGGCUGUUGAAGAUGAUACUAUGAAUGAGGGUGAUGAAGAGUAGGAAAGCGACUAAUUUGGCGAUGCCCUCUUUAAAAAACAUCUGAAUACAUAGUAGAGGGAUAGAUUAAAUACUCACACCAACUAAACUAACUAAAGAUUAGUUUAAAAAUCAGAGUAGCUUAAACACAACAGGCCAAGUGACGAUUCAUCUUAGGACGGACUCAGAUUUGUUUAAUCAAGUGUGCAAUAGGACAAUCAUAAUAGUGGUGACUUUAACCAUCACAGGGAUAUGGAGGCUGGCUCAAUUUCAAGUGACAAUAUAAUGCAAAAAAGAUUAGUUAAGGUGAACACUAAAUAAAUUGACUAGUACAGUGAAUAUAGUGAAGGUGCUGGUGGUCGUGGAGCGAGUGGAGAUGUAAACAAUAGGUAGUCAAUGGCAGAUAGUGAGGAUAGUGAUAACAUAUUUAAGAAGAAAUAAGCCUAGAACAAUCAAAAUAAUAAUGUCAAUAGAAUACCUACUAUUGGUUAGAAUAAAAAGCAGCCAAGAUUGACUGGAGAAUCAAUGAUGAGUGAGGAUAACUUCGAGUAAAUGCAGUAGAAUGGGAGCUAUACAUUUGAUGCAAAAGAUAAUUAGAAUAACUUUAUUAAUGAUGAUGACGACGAUCAAAUCUCAGAGAAUUCAGAUGCAAUUGGCAAGAGAAAAGCCAAAGUAGUCUACAAUGACUGA